AUGGCCGAAUUACCGGGUCAAGCUGCGGCCUCCCGGUCAUCUGCGCCGCGAGUACGACUUACCUGCGAGGCAUGUCGCCAACGCAAGGUAAAAUGCGAUAAGCUCAGCCCAUGCACCAGUUGCCAGCGACUGGGCCUUGUUUGUGUCCCUGUGGAGCGAGCUCGCCUGCCUCGGGGCCGCACGCGCAAACCCACUGAAAGAAUUGUGGGCUCGGACAAGGAACUCUCGGAGCGGGUCGCCAAGCUCGAGAAGCUCCUCAAGAAAGUCGCCAAUGAGCGCGGCAGCGAAGAGCAAAGAAAUCCAACCCCAACUCCGCCGGUGGUUAACAUUGAACCGGCUCCCAUCUCUGGAAAGCAAGACCCUGCUGCCGAGCCUGGUAUUGUGGAAACCGAGGGUUGGCAAGAUCAGAAUGAGUUGCUCCCCACUCAGGUUCCCCGUCCCGGGACGGCUUAUAUGGGAGUUUCAUUUUGGGAAGAUAUCAUGCAGCAGACGCAAGAGCUGCGCAGCGUUCUAGACGGACGUCUAGAAAGCGAACAGCCUGAAUCCAAAGAUCCAAACGCUGUAUUUGGAACGUCCAUUGUCAGCUCGGAGAGCCCAGAAAGCUCUUCAAUUUCAUUGCAAUCAAGGAAGGGGUUGCAUCUACAACCUCAUAUUCGACACAAGUUAUGUGAUACCUUCUUCCAUAAUGUCGAUCCUCUGUUCAAAAUUCUACACCGGCCAUCCAUGCAAGCUUUCCUCAAGGAAGACAAGCCGUAUCUGAAUUAUGACAUGGAUCACCAAGCACCAGCCACUCUUGCAUCCGCUGUCUAUCUUGCAGCUGUCUGCACUCUGAGCAACAAGGAAAUCCAGACAUUGUUUAAUACAAACAAAAAAACCAUCGUUGCGGAAUUCCAGAAAGAGAGCGAGAUUGCGCUCGCCAAGGUGGAUUUCGUCACUACUAACGAUGUGACUGUUUUGCAGGCCUAUAUUAUCUCUCUGCUCGCUGCACGAUCUCAAGAUCAAAGCCGAAGAGUAUGGACCAUGCUGGCCAUGGCCCUUCGAGUAGGUCAAGCAUUGUCGCUGCACAUGCCAGAGCCCCCAUUCAGCGUGCGCCCGUUCGAACACGAGAUGCGCAGACGCGCAUGGCUAGGAAUCGGUCUUCUUGAUGUCGCAGCCUCUCUUGACAGAGCAUCUGAACCAAUGAUGCAAGCAGCCUGGCUCGACUACAAUCCACCUUCGAACAUCAACGAUGAAGAUAUCUGGUUCGACAUGACAGGGCCUAUCCCCCAACAUCCCGAGGGAACAUUCACAGACAUGACACAUACACUGGUUAUUGCCGCGUCAUCAUCUGUGACCCGCUCACUUGCAUUUGCAGACUUCAUCGAGCCCACCGUGAAGAUUAUGAGUUUGCGACAACAGAUCGUUCACGACUUCCAGCAAAAGGCCUCUGAUCUCCUCAGUGGAUGCAGACCUGAUCUCUCGGAUUUCCAGUGGUUCGCGCAAAAGACCGCCGGUGUGAUGGGCAGUUGGCUUCAAUUAGCCUGUCUCCGACCGUUGCAGCGAAGCAAGAACUUCACGCCCCCGAAAGUCCACGGCGACGCCUUACUCAAAAUUGCAGCAGAUAACCUCCAAUGGACACAGGAGGCAUACGAUUAUCCCGGCGCUGCAGAUUGGCGCUGGUACGCGUCCAUGUGGGUUCCGUGGCACGCGUUGGCUGUCGCCAUCGCCGAGCUCUGCGUGUGCAAGAGUUUGAGUGUCAUGUCAAAGUACUGGGGUGUUGUGGAUAAUGUCUACCAACGAUCGCGAGUCAUUAUUGCAGACUCGCAGCAGGGAAUGCUUUGGAAGCCCAUGGAAAGACUCAUGACUCAAGCUAUUAACCGGAGAAAGGAACUGGUUCAGCUGGAAGCCGCUCAGGGUGUUGUUCAGCAACCUCAAUACGCCUAUAGUAACAUGGACUCCGGUCUUGGUCCGCAGCAAAUCCCACCUUUUGCGGGAUUCUCGGUCGAGUUGGAAGAUGCUAUCAAUCAACCGCGCAACACUCACAUUGCGGAAGUGCCGACUUCUUUCGCGCCGGUGCCAUGGCCUAACGUGUGGGAUGCUAUGGAUCUUAGUGACCCUACUUUGCAGGGAGGAUCUGAUGACACGGCCUGGCUGAGCUACGAGAACUUCAUUGAGAAUGUCUACGAUAGCGUGGACUCUAUUUUCUUGCCUCGGUGA